GGUAUUGCUGUUGGUUUAAACAAAGGUCACAAGACCGUCUCUAAAGAAGUUGCCCCAAAAAUUUCUUACAGAAAAGGUGCUUUAUCUAAAAGAACCGACUUCGUUAGAAACAUUGUUAAAGAAGUUUCUGGUUUAGCUCCAUAUGAAAGAAGAUUAAUUGAAUUAAUCAGAAAUGCCGGUGAAAAGAGAGCUAAGAAAUUAGCUAAAAAGAGAUUAGGUACUCACAAGAGAGCUUUAAGAAAAGUUGAAGAAAUGCAAAAAGUUAUUGCUGAAUCAAGAAGACAUUAA